AGCUUGUAGGUCUUCCUACCUAUUAGUAUAUAUAGAGAUCUUUCAAAUUGUAUGUUUGCACAUCCGUAUUUGAUCUGAUCAAGUAUCGAAUUGUUUUUCGAAGAUCAGAAAAGAGUUCUUUUCUUCUCAGGUACAAAUGGCAGACAACGACAUCUCGUUAGUAGUUGACGACUUGAUAGCCAAACUUCCCAAGUUAAAAGCACCUACGCGUCCUUGGGGAUCACAAGUAUGCAUCUACAAAGUGCAUCAGAAGUUGCAGGAAGUGAGCAGUCCUAGUGUAUACAAACCUGCGGUUGUAUCAAUCGGACCGAUCCACUACGGAGAUGAAAAUCUAAAAGAAACACAAGACUGUAAGCUGUAUUAUAUGAGCGAGGCUCUAACUCAAAGGGGAAAGAAUGAUAUCAACUCAACAACAGCGUUACUGCAAAAGUGUGUGGAGUCUAUUGAGAAGCUUGAAAAAAGAAUUAGAGACUGUUAUGCAGACCCUAUACAUCUGGAAAGCAAGGAAUUUGUAGAAAUGUUGGUUAUUGAUGGCUUGUUCAUCGUCGGGCUUUUCCAGCAUUUCGGGGUUGAACAACCACCACCGGACGAGGAUCCUUUAGCUCAUAAUCCAUGGGGCAGACAAAAUCUUACAUGGGAUUUGCUACUCCUUGAAAACCAGAUUCCUUUGUUUGUUCUCGAAAGCCUAUAUAAAUUAACCACAUCGGAGGAACAGCAAAAUUCUAAAACCAUUGGUUAUCUUGCUUAUGGUUUCUUCAAAAAUUAUAUCCACUUCCCAAGAGAUAAAACUGUUCUCGAGAACAUGCAAGAAGCAGAUAAGCAUGAAGACACCCCUUAUAAGCAUUUACUCGAUCAGUUAGCACAGACAUUUCAUCCUCUUACAGAUAACAAAGAUGGCGAGGCCCCUCCACCAUUGCCGCCGCUGAGACGUGCUUUAGGAGCAACUUUCAAGUUGAUAGUCAAGAUAAUCUUACCUAAACCAAAGACCCUCCAUACAACAAGACUGUACAUGGCUAGUGCGACACAGUUGGACCUAGCAGGAAUCAAAAUCGUUAAGGGCCCUACGGAAGCUAGUUUCCUCGACAUCAGCUUCAACGAUGGAGUUUUGACAAUUCCACCUGUUUCGAUCAGCGCCCGCGUUGAUCCUCUGCUUAGAAAUCUCAUUGCAAAUGAACAAUUCUCCGAUCGAUAUACAGAAUACGUGACUUCUUAUUCUUUAUUCAUGGAUAGGCUCAUAGUUACCGAGAAAGACGUUGAGUUCCUAAGCAAUCAGGGUAUUGUUACAAACAAUCUAGGUCGCUUCGAAGAAGUCGCUGAUAUGUUUAGCAGGCUUCAUAGAGAGGUAGUUUUGGGAAGACCAUUCUAUUAUCUUGGAACAUUCGAUAGGGUCAACAACUAUUACAACAGCCGUUGGAACUUUUGGAAAGCACAUAUCAAACGGAAAUAUUUCAGUAGCCCAUGGGUGACUAUUGCAGUAAUCGCAGGAGGCAUAUUACUGCUUCUGACGACCUUAAAGAGUAUUAUCGAGACACUUCAAUUUUACCUCCCCAAGGAUAAACUAUCUGCUGAAUUUAACCCAAACUUUCUCAAGUUGGGUUACUAUUAAUAUAGUAAAAAUACUAUUGCAGCAAGUGUGUGGUGUGCCAAUAAACUUGUAAUAUGAAAAUUACUUGUAUUGUGUUGUGUUUACUUUAAUAAUGGCAGAGUUAUGUUCUAUCGUUAUUUCAUGCCUAA